UUAUCGUGCAGUCCAAUGACGGCGAUCAUCAAGUGGGAUGCGUGAUUUGAUGCUCACUGACGGCGUCUCACUCUACAGUGCUGUGCUGAGCUAAGCUGAGCUGUCCACUGUGCCCCUGCCUCCGAAGUCGUCUGUCUUUCCUUCUACCAUGUUGCCCAAGCCUGCAUGGAAAGAGCGUAGCAUUCUGCAUGGUCAUGUAGCUGCGUCCGGAGCUCGACCUUGACCCUGCGGUUUGCAUUUCAUUUUGUGGCUUACUCUUCGCAGUCCUGGCAUUUACUGCCCCAGUGCAAGCCCUUAGGUUAUGUUGUAUGGUGUGUGAGCUCUGUUGUUGAAGAGGUGGGGUGGGCUGGAGCUGGUUGCGUUGUGCUGUUCUGUUUCGGUUAGACGGUUUGGCACAGAUAGCCAUGGCGAAAUUGGGAAUGUUGCUACUCAUUCUAUGUCACGGGCUCAUUCGAGCAGGCAGAGGUGUUGAAGCUGACACAAGUUUUCAGUAUUACCAAUUCUCUAACAGUGGUAACAGCAUCUCAGUCCUAGGAGACGCCCACAUUUUCAUAGACGACCUAGCACUGGAGCUCACCAACAAAGCCGCUGGGAGAGCGACGUUUGACUACCCAGUUCGCGUCAUCAGUGCAUCCCCGCAAACCAGCAUUUCAUUCGAAACCAACUUCAUCUUCUCUAUCGAAAAUGAACCCUCCACACCGCAGGCCUAUGGUGCUGGGCUCACUUUCAGCAUCUCCUCGGAGAACAAGACAGUUGGAGAUCCGGGUGGUUAUCUUGGCCUCGUCACAGCUAAUCCAUCUACCUCCGUCUCGACGACAAAAUAUUUUGCUCUAGAGUUCGAUACAAAGCAGGACACUCAAUUCCAAGACAUCGACGACAACCACAUUGGUGUGGAUAUCAACAGCUUAGUGUCGCAACAAGCGAAGCCUGCAAUGUCAGGUACUAUUCCCGUCACCCUGGCAUCCGGCACCCACAUCCAAGCGUAUGUGUCAUACAACAGCGUGGCACAUGUGCUGGAUGUCUCGAUCAGCCCCUACACGAAUGGUGAUUACGUCAAGCCCACGGUCUCUCUCCUGUCUGUUCCUAUCGAUCUGUCCACUGUUUUCAACGAGUACAUGUACAUUGGUUUCUCGGCUGCGACUGGCGCCGGCACGGUGCGACACAAGAUCUGGUCAUGGACCUUCAAGACGACGACCUUGAACUCUACUGGCCAACCGGUUCCCACUGCACCGGAUUCUGAGUACUUGGCUCCCGGUCCAUCACCUGGGGGUUUCGAGCAUCCUUUUGGAGUUUCUACCGGAGGGAGGGUUCAAUCUUCUGCAAUCCUUGGUUUGAUGUUUUGCGUAUCAUUAUCUCUUUCAGUGAAUUUAGCCUGAUGACCAGUUAGUGUUUGGUAGAAGUGUUGGUUAAAAUAGUAGAUUUAAAGUUGAGAAGGUGAGCACCGGACCUCUUGUCCCGCUGCCGUGACUAGUGAUAGCAUGACCGAGCAAUUUUGAAACUUGGGGUCCCGAUGAUGCUCGAGUCAGCAAGUUGGGCAGGAAACAUGGGUAUACUCCGUUAACCUAGCACGAGAAAUGCAAACAGGCUAAUCUUCAAACGACCGUGGCUAUGCUACAUAAAGAUCAUAGACAAUGUUGAACAUUUCUUGACGACUGACUUGUUCAUACACGAUAUUCUACAAAUAAAUUGACGAUUUUGGAGUUCA